AUGAAGUUAUGGGAUAGUCUAACCACUUGUUUGAUACUGCUGUGUGCCGUUUACGCCAGCCCGCUGCUCCAGAGCCCGCAGCAGCCCACGUCCACCAAGAGGAGAGGGCGCGUCGCCGAGAGUCCCCCCGAGCUCCCGCCCGUUCAGAUCGGCCUGUCUAUUUCUUCCACGAGCAUGAGCCGCGCGGAUACCGCAAACAGGGACGAAACGCUGGCUGGAGGAGACAAAUACACCACUGAGGAGCCCCUCCCAAAUGAGUUUGAAGAUGUGGUGAACUUCAUCAAAGUAACCAUCAGUAGAAUGCGUCGCUCCUCCUCGCUCACUGUGUCCUCAUCUACCUCCACCACCAGCACCACCCCCGCUGCCGUCCCCAUCUCUUCACCCUCCAAAGAUAACUUUGACAGCAGGACCCGACAUAGAAGGGGAAAGAGGAAAAGGACAAGCCAGCGAAACAGUAACAGAAGAGAAGGAGGAUCUAGAGGUGCUGGCGCAGGUGGGAAGAUUAGAGGCGGUGGUAGAGGACAGGGCUGCGUGCUAAAACAGAUCCACCUCAACGUGUCUGACCUCGGUCUGGGCUACCGCUCCAGUGAGGAAAUGAUAUUCAGGUACUGCUCAGGACCGUGCAGAAAGUCAGAGACAAACUACGACAAAAUCCUUUACAACCUCAUUCACAACAGGAGGCUUCCCGCCAAAGACGUGCCCCCUCAGGCUUGCUGUCGGCCAAUUGCGUUCGACGACGAUCUCUCGUUUCUGGACGACAGCCUGGUUUACCACACCGUGAGGAAGCACUCCGCCAGAAGAUGCGGCUGCGUAUAG